AUUUUUUUUCCUUCUUUAUGGGAAAAUCUAUCCAUUUUAAGGGAAAGUAAUCUUAAAGUUGUUGAUGUAUCGUUACGCGUUAGGUCACUGUAAAUAAGUUUUGAGUAGUCUUAUUCCUAUUUUGUUACGUAGUCAUCUCUACUUAGUAGCAUCUGCUUGGCUCUCGUGUCCCUCCCUUUUGCUUUGGGCUGAAUGUUGUUUGGAAAGCAGCCAAUUAAAUGUUGCCUUUCCAUUAUAAACACUAGAAGCGGUGCUCGCGAGGGGCACUCUAUCUAUACAAAUGCAUUACAGCAGUACCUUGAUCGUUGCGGCGUUGUCCAUAGAAAGGUACUAGUCCCUGAGUACGAUGUCAACCACGCCAUUUAUGAUCACCUUCAGCAAGCUGAUUGUUUGGUUGUAUGUGGCGGCGACGGCACGGUCUCAAGCGUCGCUAACGCAUUGGGUGUAACGCAACAUGAGGAACUUCUCCAAAAACCUAUCGUUGUCAUACCCGCGGGUCUACAGAACAGCAUUGCACGUUCUUUUGGUGUAAUAUCGGCUGAGCUAUCACUGUCAAGCCUUAUUACGGGACGCACGAACGCAGUGCCGCUGUGGGAAGUGCGUGUGAAUACAGCACCGUCGGUGGUACGCUAUGUAUGCUCCUACGUGGCAGUGGGUGCGUACGCCAGCAUCGUGCAACGCUUUCAGAGUCUCAACAAAGUCGGUGACAAUUAUUUCGCGCUCCCAAUGUUAAAUCACAAGUUCAGAGCCGCUGCGUUGUGCACAGCCCUAAAACGCGAAAUGGUACCCUGCGCACUGAAUCUGAAAAUGCAUGCGAGUUCGCCGCCUUCUCGAGAAGCUAGAAAUUCAAAAAGCGGUAGGGUUGAUGAAAUGCAUUACAGCGAACCCCUGUGGUUACUUAUCGCAGCACAGAUGCCCCUUCAGCACAGUGGUUACUCCCUGACUCCGUGCGCCACAUACAAGCGGGGGACGUUGAGCGCAACGAUUGUCACGCCCAAAGCGACGCGUAUGCGUAUGUGGCACCUACUGAGUCGUGAAGCCAAAGAAGGACACGUGCUGGAGGAAGACGGAGUGCACGUUCACCAAGACGUCACGUGCCUGCAAAUUCAUUACGACUCCGCCCUUUACGGUGGUGACCGGGCUUGUCGAGGGAACUUAAAAAAGGUCAACUGGAGUGGCCCUGGAAGUCUCGGUGAGUUCUCAGAAGGGGACUUCGAGCACCCUUUGCUUUUAAUGUUAGAUGGUGAAGAGACAUGGGUGCUGCCUGGGUCAACGGUGACCAUUCAGAAGUCCACGCGCUCGUUGAACUUUCUUGUGUGCUAAAGACAAAUAGGUGGUCAAGCGGAAAAAUUCAUUUACAGUUGAUGUGGAUGCGCAUAAAAUGAUUUACCAGACACUU